AGCCUCGCCGCGUUCCCACUAGUACGUUUUACGCGCUCGUCGUGGAACGAGUCCCGUGUUCGUUUCAUUUUCCCUCGACCUCUUUGAAGGAACAGAGUUAGUUCUCCUCUCUCGCUCAUCUGCUUCUUUCCCUACGAAUCCUUCACCCGAAAGUGAAGUGAGCGUGUAGAAAUUACGAACAGUCGAGAAUCGUCUGCGAGUGAUCCUCCCAUCCGAGGGAAACUGAGAGUUCAAGACUCACUGAAAACGACGGCAGGGAGAAGUGUUUAUCAGUUGAUAAUAAGUUGAAAGGGUUGUGAGACAAAGGAGAAGAAUGCCAGUUGAAUUGGAGCCAGUUGCACCGGUCACGCACAAGCCGUGUUCACCUUGCAAUGGAGAGAAGAAGAUGAAUAAGCUGUGCAGGCAGGUGUCGAUCGACAGCCCGAGCGUGACGGGCCGUGAAUGGGUGUUCAGCUUCGACGUCCCGGUGCCGGACGUGCCGGCGCACGGUGCCCGGAUCCGCGUGAUGUGCGCGGGCGCUUGUUACCAUCCUCGUCGUUCGCCGAGCCUGUCUAGCCUGACCUCCGUCAGCAGCGGAAGCAGCUUGGCGACGGAAGUCUCUUUAGAGGGCGACUUCCCGGUAUCGUUGCCCCACCACGGAGUCCGCGACGCGGCCCUGUUCCCCGGCUACGAAGUCGCUGGAGUGAUCGAGUCGCUUGGGGCGAACGUUCCGGAGGAUUGCGGUUACACGGUCGGGGACCGAGUGAUCCUCUACCCUUAUGAGGGCAUACCAAACGGAUACGUCGAGUACCUGGUCGUUCACGAUCUCAAGUACCUCAUCAAGAUCCCUGACAACGUUAGCCUAAGCGUGGCGGCCAUGCUGCCAGCCGGCGCUCUCUUGGCGAUGAACACCGUAUUCGCUGCCCACGAGCACGUGCAAGCGCUGCUGAAGCAGAGGGGCGAGAAGAGCGUCUGCAAGAUCUUGAUCGUUGGCACCGGCGGUUUGGCACUCUGGGCGCUCAGGAUCGCGGCCUACCACUUCAGCAACAUGAAGGACAGGGUCACCAUCACCAUCGCCUCGUUGAAGGACGACGGGCUGACUAUGGCCCAGGAGUUCCAACGUCUCCUUUCUCGGUACAGGGUGAACGUGGUACAGUGGAGCGAGGAUCUGUACGAGAAACAGCUGAUCGAGCGUACGAUGGACGCGUGUCAAGGCCACGUGGACGUGGUGAUCGAUUUCGGGACGACGUCGCGCAGCCUUCACCGCAGCAUGCAGUGCCUGAGCAAGGGAGGGGUGGUGUUCGUGAUCAAGGAGGUGGCCGAUCGAUUGCUGCCAAAGUUCAGCAGACGGGCGGAGGAAUGGCAGCAGAGUAUCAAGCCGGUGGAGCCUGGCACUCUGGAGCAGUUACACGAGUUGGUCGAGCUGGUGGCCUCCGGGGAGAUCGAGCCGCCACCGCACACCGUUUACCCCGCGGAGGAGGUGCUCGACGUGGUCCGCAAGCUGUGCCACUCCGAGAUACAGGGUCGCGCGAUCCUCCGUUUCUAUCCAGCGGACUAAAGGGCUUCUCGCACCGGGCUAGGACAUCCUGUGCCGCGCGGAUCGGCACGAGAGAAAGAAGUGAAUCGACAGAGGAAGAGAAGAUUGGAAGCGGAUUGCCAGGAUCAACUUCGGUUAGACUAGGUAACGGAGGGGCCGAGGUGAACAUGGCUGGAGCACACGUCCGGGAGCACCGACGAAUUUCACAGAAGAGUCGUCGAGAGCACGAGCCGAAUUUUAUGAAGCUUUUUCCGUACACGCGAGACGCAACGAGGGAGCGUGACGCAACGAGAGUAUAACACGGCUAUAUAGGUUUCUCUCUUACGGAGAAUUAGCGUUGAAACGAUUAUAAUCCUUGGAACGAAACGAACACGAUGCACCGCGUACAUCGCUGCGUAUAUUUAUCAACGACAUGUAUCGUACGACGGCGAUUAUCUUUCGAUUCGUGUCGACACGCGUAGAUAUUACGUACGUAUCGUUGCUCUGUUUACCGAUAACAGCAACACUUGACUCGCGUCUUUCGUUUCUUUCGAGGCCGUUUGAUCACGCUUCCGAGGAAUUUGUUGGAAACACGUAUUGCCACGUAGUGUAGCAAAGAGGUAUUCGAGAAACGACGAUGCGGAGAGAAAGUCCGAGCGUUUGAAUCGGAUGUACCGUUAUCAUCGGUUUGUACGCGCACGGGAUCUCCCGUUGAUUUUUUCUUUUUUUUUUUCUUCGCUGCUUUCACUCGAGAGCAUUUCAUUUUCCACUUGAGAAUUUUGAUAACCUGACGAACAAUGUUUUAAUAUCGAGUAUUUUUAACGUUCGAGCUCAGUGAAUGAAACGUAACCUGUAGUAGAAAUAAUGUACGUAUAUUGGAGAGAACGUUUCUGAAUACCUUACCUAACUAUUGGACAAAGUUAUCGAUUAAUAACUGACCUUAAGUUAAGCCUCGGAUUUAGAUUUUAAUCUUACUUGGAUGUAAGAACGAACAAGUGUAACGUAUAUAAGUUCGAUGUCAUCAGAAGACGAUUAAUGGUACUGUUAAAUAUUUAACGUCAAUUGAAUCGCAAUCAUCGUUUAUGGUUUCGCGUUUUUAAUGUGUAAACACCGGCCUGCAAUUGUUCAUCGAGUACCUAGUCGGAAGACGAUCGGUACUCACCAUUCAGAGCAGAGACUUUGUAAUCGUAGAUGACGUAGAUGACGUACUCAAAAUGCAUUUUUGCAACGUGCACUCGGGAUAUAUUCGAAUAAACCAAAACGUACGGAGGGACAACACUUCUCCUAAUCUCGUUAGGAACAAUGAAGAAUCAUAUCUGCCGGCGGUUUUACAAAACGAAACUGUAACCUCCACGCAAGAAGAAACGUUGCUUCACAACUAUUAAACUAGUAGAUUUGGUAAACGUUUUUGCGUUUAGCGUAACAUUUAUAAGAUAUAUUGGUCUCGUAAACGGGACACACGAGAAUUACCUUCGUCGAACGCGUUGUCGCACGUUGGAGGGCAUUUUCGCGAGGAUUAUCCUUAGGCAUCAGUAUUUCCUUUCUCACGUAGCGCAAUUUUUAGGAUUAAGUUGAUCGUUUUGUGGCGGGUACAAAAGAAAUACACGAAACCACGUAUGCCACGUACGCAGUUACGUCGCUGUACCUUGAAAGACUGUUCUCUUUGUUUAAGCGUAACUAACUCUCGCCCUUUUUAUUUCUGUUCUUUCUUUCUUUUUCUUUUUUUUUUAAUUUUUCAUCGUAAACUUAGGUGAUAAUUUAAACGGUGUGGACACGCGUUAUCACACGUUAUUAUACCGAUUGUUCGUUGUGACAGUAAUUGUAUUAUAUUAUGGUAUAAUAAUACAACAGAUUUAUUAAAAAUAA